AUGGCAGAGCAUACUCCGAAGCCUCAGAUCCAACCAUGCAGGUACAAGACUGGCAAGACGUUAGGAGCUGGCUCCUAUUCGGUGGUCAAGGAAUGUGUACAUAUCGACACUGGCAGAUACUAUGCUGCGAAAGUCAUCAACAAGCGACUCAUGGCGGGCCGCGAGCAUAUGGUGCGGAACGAGAUCGCGGUUCUCAAGAGAGUCUCAGUCGGUCACAGAAACAUCCUAACGUUGGUUGACUACUUCGAAACCAUGAACAACCUAUAUCUUGUGACCGACCUAGCAUUGGGCGGAGAGCUCUUCGAUAGGAUAUGCCGCAAGGGCUCGUACUUCGAGUCUGACGCCGCAGACCUGAUCCGUGCAACCCUGUCCGCCGUCGCUUACCUCCACGAUCAUGGCAUCGUCCACCGAGAUCUCAAGCCAGAAAACCUCCUCUUCAGAACACCCGAGGACAAUGCAGACCUACUUAUUGCCGACUUUGGACUUUCUAGGAUCAUGGACGAAGAGCAAUUCCACGUUCUCACCACCACCUGUGGUACGCCCGGCUACAUGGCACCGGAGAUCUUCAAGAAGACCGGCCACGGCAAGCCUGUUGAUAUAUGGGCUAUUGGAGUUAUAACCUACUUCCUCCUCUGCGGCUACACACCCUUUGACCGCGACUCCAACCUUGAAGAGAUGCAGGCCAUCCUCGCCGCCGACUACUCCUUCACGCCCAUCGAAUACUGGCGCAACGUCUCCGAACCAGCUCGAGACUUCAUCCGCCGCUGCUUAACGGUCGAUCCACGCGCGCGCAUGACCUCACACCAAGCGCUCCAACACGCCUGGAUCAAGCCUGUGGAUCCUACCUCACCCGAAACCCCAGUCGGCGGCGGCCAAGAUCUUCUUCCGACAGUGAAGAAGAAUUUCAACGCCCGCAGAACGCUACACAAAGCAAUCGACACAGUCCGCGCGAUCAACAAGCUAAGGGAAGGAGGUGGCCUGAUGCAUCAGCAGGCGGAUCAGAUGAGUUUGGACCCGAAGCCUAAGGAGGAGGUAGUCGAUGGCUCAAAAGUUAUCAACGAGCAGGGCCAGACACAGAGUGAGGCGGCCCAGGGGGGAAGUGGUGAUCCGAUGGAGAUCGACAGUAGAGGUCAUGGAAGGGGUCAGACGGAGGAACAAAUUCGGACACAGGAGGCGAGAGUGCGGGACACUGUGAGCGCCUUGUGGAACAAGCGAUAG